GUCUAACGAUUUACUCCAAGCAGACGAAAAUAAGCAGACGUAUGACUAUACAUGUACAUGUUUUUCAUUAGUGUUUAAUAAUACUGAAAGGAUUAGUUUUUCAUUUGGAUUAUCUAAUACGACGUCGACAUUUUAACGGAUAACGAAAGAGGACCAGCACUUCAAGAGCACAGGGAUUAGAGAAACGGAUCUUCAAGAAAGGGUAUCCUAAGAAGAUUAACGAUUGGAUACGACGUUAAAAGUGUGAAAAGGCACCUGUGGAUAAUAUUUUAAAGAAAGAGAAGUCGUUGUUUAUUUUACGUUGACUGUGUGUGUGUGUAUUAUGUUUUGUGGUCUACAGUUACCAUAUUAGGAUAUUUGCAGACGAUCAUAAGACAAGAUGGACAAUAAGCCACGCCGCUCACCUGAAGAGAAGUAUAACGUGUCAGAUGAAGAAGGUCUAGAGUCCCCAGGACACACAAAUAUAGCUUAUAUCAGUGACAAUGUAGCAACAGAGCCUAUUCAUGGCAGAUAUCUCAAUAACAGGGGAAAUAACUCUGACAAAAGGGAAUCCAUGUUUGAAGAUGUGUCUUUUGCACCCCCUCCUCGGACCCCUGGCGCGUCAUCGAGCUCGAAAGAAAAGAAAUCAUGGUCUUCGAAAAAUAUACGUUGCCGAGAUGUGAUAUUAAUAGUAUUGGGCUGUGUUUUGUUAUUAGGAUUAGCUAUAGGCACUGCCGUUGGCGUCAUUCUCUCGCAACAAGAAUCAUUCGCAACAACAACACCAUCACCACUUCCGUCCACCACCACAUCAUCAGAUCAAAUCACAUAUUUGGGAAGCCUGCGUUUGUCGCAGCCAUGGCCAGGUACCAUCGAUUCAUUGAACCAAAAUUUUACAAAUGAAAUGAAAGAAGUAAUGAAGAAAAGUCCCCUAAACGACUCUUUCGUCUCUGCAACUGUGAAUAAUUACAGUACGGAAAACUAUACAGUAAAUUUUAGCUUAAAGUUUUCAAGAAAUCUAAUCGAUUAUGUACCGCCUACAACAAAUGCAACAGAAACUGAUGAUAGAUACGCACCUCUCAUACAGUCAAUCAUAGAGGAAGGGGAGACCACUCUACCUAUCAACGUUACAUCCAUCAUCAUCAUAGGUAAACCACAACCAACCACUAUGUUACCAACUACCAAAUCAAUAUCAACCACCAUGUCACUAGCUACAUCAACAACUCCACAACCACAAGGUAAUGUAACCACAGAUUCUGUGGGGCUUACAACCUCAUCCUUGGCUUCAACAGGUACAACUCAACUCAUUAAUAGUACGGAAGAACCAUUCAAUACCACAACAGAUGCUGUCUCAACCACAUGGCUACCAAUGACCACGAACACAACAGACACCGAGCAGCCAUCCAACAAUACCACAACAGCACCCAACACUAAUACCACAGAAUCAUUUAGCACCACAACAGAGUAUGUUACUUCAACCACUGUACAACCAACUAGUAAUACCACACAAUCAUUUAACGUAACAGAAACAACAGAGAAUGUUGCUUCAACCACUGCAAAACCAUCCAGCAAUACCACAGAAUCCUUGAGCACCACAACAAAGGAUUCUUUGACAACCACUGCACAACCAGCUAGUAAUACUACAGAUUCUUUUAACGGAACAGAAGUAUCAACAACAAUGACAGGAACUACCAGUCAGUUAUCAACCACAACUAUCCCAACUGCUGCAACCACAAGUAAAUCAACAAGAUGUGUUUACCAGGAUUAUGACUUGUGUCGCCAGUUCGGCAACAAAUUUACUCUGCUGCCCAAUUUCUUCUACGAUCAGAACAUCGCAUCCGCUGUGACGAAUUUCCAGCUGUAUUUUAACAGGACCAUUGAAAGUGGUUGCUCCAUGGAUAGCUUGUUCUUCUUCUGUAACUUCGUCUUUCCACAGUGUGAAGAAGUUGAAGGAACAGAAGUGGCCAUUUAUCCUUGUGGUAGUGUAUGUGAAGAUGUAACUACUUCCUGUGAGGCAAACAUGCCAUUUCCGCUGAGCUGUCAGUACCCGGGUUACAACUCAACCCAAUGUGUGACUCCUAAACACGUCGAUAUGACCACUCCAGCACCAGAUGCAUGUCACCGAGUCGACUACGAAUUCUGCAACGAGGAAGACUUCAACGAAACAGCGCUCCCGACCUUAUUUUCCACUACCAUGGAAGGUACCAUAUCGGUCUUUCAAAAGUUCGCUUUAGCAACAGUGGCCCGUGCGUGUUCACCGUUAUCCAAGUUCUUCUACUGUGGACUUUUCUUCCCGAAGUGCGACAAUGGUAACAUAACGCUGCCAUGUAGAAGCGUUUGUGAAGCCAUAGAUGCUGCUUGUUCAGAUAUCUGGGUGUUUCCGAUAGACUGUGAGGCAACAUUUAAUGAUACGGACUGUCUGAUGCCCCCUGAGGACCUUCUUCCCACUACCACCCCCACUACAACCCCCACUACCAUCUCCACCACACCUUCUACUACCACCCCGACCACAACCAUCAUCACAACCACUCCGGGAGAAAGGUGUGAAGUAUCAACUACUAUAGAUAUUUGCCAGUCAUUUGGAAUAUUUAAUAACACGUUUUACCCCAAUCAGUGGAAUUUUAACAGUGAACGCGAUGCGAUUGAAAAGGGAUAUAAACCAUUUGGACUCAGACCGGUUUCUACUGGAUGUUCCAAUAGCACCUUGUUCUACUUGUGUUCUGUGCUUUUCCCGCCAUGUGAUGGACUGACUUUCAGAAAGCCGUGUACAGAUGUAUGUUCAGAUGUAACUAAAGAAUGUAAAGAUAUCUUAUUUGACCAACCAUGUGAAAGCUUUGCUGAUGACAGUCCAAAUUGUUUACGACCACCUGCCCAGAAAGUUUGUGGAAUCGACGAGUUUUCAUGUCAUGGCAGUCAUCAAUGUAUCCCCAAUUCUAGUGUGUGCGAUGGGUCUAUGGAUUGCGCCGAUUGGUCGGACGAAAGAAAUUGUGUGUGCAAUGAAUAUCAAUUCAAGUGUGAUAUGGGAAUGUGCAUUAAAAACUAUCAACAGUGUGAUAAAAUAGGAGACUGUCCAGAUAUCAGUGAUGAAAUGAACUGCACUUGUCCCCUGGGUCAGUUUGCCUGUAACGACGGUAAAUGUAUCGUACCGGAAUGGGUUUGUGAUAACCAAAGAGAUUGUUCACAAAAUGAAGAUGAAGCAAAUUGUCCGUCGUGUGUUGAUGGACAGUUUCGAUGUUUAAGCGGGGAAUGUAUUUUGGCUAGUCACAGAUGUGACGGAACACCACAAUGUGCCGACCAAUCCGAUGAAAGACAGUGUAUUAUCGAAGUUUCCGAAUCAUAUCCAUUCCUACUGAAAUUUGACGAUUGGUUACCAGUAUGUGCCACUAACUUUACAGAUGAAUUGGCCGAUCUUACUUGUAGAAAAUUUGGAAACCUGGCGGCUGUUAAUUGGUCUUCAACCGCUUACCCAUAUUAUUUGUAUGCUCACGUAGAUCCAAAUGGUGAUACAACUUCUAUUAUUGGUAAAGUUACCUUAAGGAGUACCUGCCCUAAUGACAUGUGUGUAUACGUUAAUUGUGAACCUCGGGGUUGUGGUCAGAGGGCCAAAACUAUGACUCAAACAAUAGUAAAUGGUGAAGAUGCGUCCCCUGGUGUGUGGCCGUGGCAGAUAUCCAUGCAGAGAAUAGGAAAACAUUACUGUGGUGGUUCGCUCAUUAGUCCCAAUUUUGUUGUUACGGCAGCACAUUGUAUAGAGCAAUAUAAAUUGGAGUUCAGUUUUAUAGACAUUGUGUUAGGAGCUACAAAACUUGCAGCAAAAGAAUCGAUGCAGGUUAAAAGAAAGAUCAAGAGAUUAGUUUUACAUAAUCAUAUAUUUCACGAAAGGAACGAUAUCGCACUGAUACAGCUGAAUCGUCCAGUGGAAUAUACCGAUUAUGUAAGACCUAUAUGUUUACCAGAUGCUACUGAAAAAUUUACUAGAAGUAACCAAUGCUAUGCAGUGGGAUGGGGCAUGAAAGCUUGGAACACUUCGUUUUCUAAUCGACUUCAGCAAGCGAAGAUGACUCUCUGGGACACGAAGAAGUGUAACAGUUCGCUAGCAUGGAAUGGUGCUGUUGGAGAUACGUUUAUAUGUGCUGGCUACUACUCAGGUCUUAUCUCUACUUGCAGUGGUGAUAGCGGCGGAUCAUUAGUCUGUCAGGCUAAUGACUAUAACUGGUAUUUAGUCGGUAUCUCCAGCUACGUGGCUAAAGGUUGUAAUGUACCCGAACGUCCAGUCGUAUUCUCGGAUGCCCAGUUUUUCACACCGUGGAUUCACAAUCAUACACAAUGUAUAUUUACAUGUGGUAAUGGUCAUUGUAUAUAUGAUGUCAAUCAGUUGUGUAAUCGGGAGAAUGACUGUGGUGAUAAUUCGGAUGAAAUUAAACCAUGUCAUGUUACUGUAAACUGUACGUUUGACGACCCGUUCCUGUGUGGUUAUGACGUCAACUGGGAUCGUCUGAGUGCUACGGAUUUUGUUAAUCAUUAUCCCCUUUAUGAUCAUACAAUAGGAUCCUAUCCAGGUUUUUAUAUGGUGGGUAGAGCUCGUGGACUACUGUUGACCACGCCUCGAUUUACAGCCCAAGCCAACACGUGUCUUCGGUUUUUCUACCAUAUGAGAGGUGAUAUCGCUGGUGGUAUUCAAGUCUGGUUCAACCAGUAUUUCCCUAAUGGCACUGAUACAUGGGAACCCGUGUACAAGAAGAAAGACGUCACAAUGCCGGAUAAAUGGCAGAUGGGACAAUUCGAUCUUAAAGAUGGCGAAUUCGAGAUAGUUUUCCUGACCAAUGUAGCUAGCAGGGUGGCCAUUGAUGACGUGAUGAUACUGAACCAAUCAUGUGCAUCUGCUGGUUGUUCAUCAGAUGAGAUGCAGUGUGGUACCGGAAUAGAUAAACAAUGUAUAGAUAAGCGAUCCAGAUGUAAUCUGGUUACAGAUUGUGCUCGGGAUGAGGAUGAAGUUAAUUGUGUUGGAUCUAGUUAUUAUUGUGAUUUUAAUAAUCCAGUUUUAUGUGGACUUCAACAAGUUACAACAGAUAAUGAACUGGUAGAAUGGAGAGUUGUUAAUUCCUCUAAAACACCAGGGGCUUUCCAAGACCAUUCAUACACUGAAACAGGUAAUAUGUUAGUGAUGGAGACUAGGUCAUUAUUAAAAGAUAAAGAAGUUUCUAUGACUCAGUCGUUAUAUCUUGGUGGAGAAGCACAUUGCUUCCAGUUCUAUUAUUAUUCUGAUACAACUGGUACAUUAGAGGUCAGUUAUAAAGAAGCUAACUCUACUGUGAAAAACAUUUUAUGGGUCGUGUCUAAUAGAAUCACACUUGGCUGGGCAAAAACACAGUUUUCUCUACCAGCUUUAGAUACCAUACAUCUUACAUACAAUAUGAUUGGAGGAAAUUUCGAUGGCACUUACAGACCUUUCCUCGCAUUGGAUGAUUUAAAUAUUACAAGAGGACAGUGUCCUGCAUUUGAAUGUGGUGCUGGCCUUGUAGCUUGUUCAGAAGAGAAUUAUUGCUUACCAGAAACUAGUUAUUGUAAUAGAAAGGUUGAUUGUGCUGGUGGUAGUGACGAGGUAUCUUGUGUGUGUAAAAGUACAGAGUAUAAAUGUCCUGGUGGACCGUGUAUAGAUAGAUCAUUAACAUGUGAUCGAGUCUACCACUGUGCUGAUCAUAGUGAUGAAGGAGACAUCUGCGAUCCCUUCAGGAAAGUCUCCUGUGAUUUUGAACACCCGUUUUUAUGUGGUUAUCGUUUUCAAUCAACGGAUUACAAAUGGCGGCGAUACUUUGGUAAAACAACUACGUUUGGUACCGGUCCCACAGCGGAUCAUACUUACAAAAAUAUAUCAGGGCAUUAUGUGUACGCAGAUGGAUCAGAAGGGCGAUAUUCAGCCCUAACUUACGCAGAAUCUCCAAGAUUUAACGCGACAGGCAAAUCACUGAGUUUCUACUAUCACCUGUUCAGUAUCCUAGCAACCUUUAAUUCGAACACGGGCAGCUUAAUGUUAAUCGUCAAAGACUAUGAUUUAGGACAAAAUUAUACACUACUAGCGGAAGUUCCUACUCAAGAAAAAAAAUGGAAAUACGCGUGUGUUGAUCUGCCGCCAUCAGAUGAUAUUUCGUUAGUUUUUGUUGCUCAGCGUGGUGAUGACCUGUUAGCAGACGACAAGGCCAUUGAUGACAUCGUUUUACAAGAUGGCAAAUGCAAAAUUAGGGGAGUCACUGGAGAAACUAGUCCACCUUUAUUGAUAGACACAACUCCAACGUAGAGUAGACAUGAAAAACGGAUAUUAAAUGUUGUCACAGUAACCAAAGAGUAGGCUAGAAUUUAUUGAUACUCAUUUGAUGUGUGAGAAUAUAAAAAAGUGCUUAUGUAAUGAACACCUAAUAUAAAGGAAGAGAUCUCUAAUAUUUACUACGUAUAUAAAUAACCACAAUAACGCCAUAUUUGUGUAUCAGGAACUGGCCCCAAAAUGUUACUAAUUGUGGUUCUUCUUUAGGGGGCGAUGCUCUUCGAAAAAAAUCACAGCCUCCGUCAAUCCAAGUAAGAUCGGCAUGAUAUUCUUCCUUGGACGAUUGACGGACUUCGAUUUUUGAUGUGACGUCAUAACUCCAAGAUGGCUGUGAUGACGUCAUAUUGGGUCUCUGGUCCACAAUCGGUAAUAUUUGUUUAUUUUAAAUAUGCCGAUGAGAUUAACAACAAAACCAUAAAUUCUUAUUAAUCUUUGCGGUUGUUUUAAAAGCUGUUGUUUCAGUCUAUUUAAUUCUUCCAGUAGCUUUUGACUGGAUCAUAAUUAUGUGUCUCACUUAUUAACGUUGACGAUAUAUACCGAACUACUUACACUGGAGGUAAGAGACAUCAUAGACUCUUGCCCCCAGUCUUAACUAACGGUGCCAUAUAAGGGUAUAGAGGUUUCACCACAAUGUGUUAUAUAUUAAUAAUGGUGCUGAAUAUGAUUAUAUAUUAGUACGUAAUUCAGGGUUGUGUGUUUAAUGUUGUUAUAUAUAUAUACUAAAAUAUUUCGUUACGUAAAUUCCUGGCUGCAAGGAAUCAAAUGGAGGAUCUAGAACACACCUGGCCCCCGAAUUCACAAAGCGUUUUCAGACUUACGUUAAGAAUUUACUCAACUUCCAAUCACUGUUCAUGAGCAAUAUGAUGUAUUUGAACCAGUAGACACCAGUGAUUACUCAAUUGGAAUGGCUUUUCGCGUUUUCUUAGUGUGCUGUUCCAAAUUUCACGGCACGCUUAGGAAGAUCUGGUUGAGAAUCACUGCAUUAAAGCAACAAAAGUUUUAUAAAGGGCUAUAUUUUAGCUAAAUAAGGUGAACAGUCUGAGAAUACUUUGUGACCUUGGGGCCUGGUUACCUAAGGUUACGGUUGGUAAUUUGAUCACUUGUGUUCCACAUCCUCCAAAUUAUUAAAUAAAAUAAAAAGCUUGUAAGCCUAUCCUUAGUGAAAUAUUACCAUUGUAGUUCAUUUUUACGAAUUUUAUCUGUAGUUAAUCAUAUUAAAUAAUUCAUUUUUUUGAACGGCAGGCCGUUUUAUUCACAAGUUUACUUUUUGUAAUCUUUUGUAACAGUUUAGAUUAAUUUCCAACGAUUUAACCAUUAACUGAGAUUAACCUAUCCAAUUUGAUUAAAACACAGAUCCUAUUUCGUUUCGGUUUUUUUUUAUAGUUCAAAAUUUCGUUUAACUUGUCUUUACUACAUUAAUUUAGUAUAAAAAAACGAAACGAAAUUAAGAUCUGUAUUUUGAUCAGAUUGUUAAUCUAUCUUAAGAAAAGUUGAGGGGAAAAUGAUAUCGUUUAGAACAAUGUUAUGGGCUAAAAUUUAACAUACUUAUAAUAAAUCGUUAUUUUAAUAAAUAUUUAUAAUGAAUAAGAAUCAAUAGUUAUAUUCCUUUAUAUUCAAGGAUUUUUAUAUUCAAAGAUUUUAAAUUUAAGUCUGGCUUACCAUCACAGUUCUAAUGUUAUAAAUUUAUAUUUGAGUAACUGUUUUAGAACUCAUAUUUUAGUGGAUAUUUUAGGAUAAAUUUGCUGUCUUCGUAUACUCGUUUAAUGUAUUCAAAACGUUUUAUGACUGACUUAAAAUCACUGUAUUUCAGUAAAUAUUGUAGAACUCAUGUUUUAGGAUCAAUUUGUUGUUUUACUGUACUCUUUGUAUGUAUUCAAAACGUUUUAAGACUGACUUAAAAUCACUGUAUUUGUUUUAGUAGAUAUUUUAAUUAUUAGGAACAAUUUGCUGUCUUCCUUUACUCAUUUAAUGUAUUCAAACCGUUUUAAGACUGACUUAAAAUCCCUGUAUUGUUUUUAUGAAUUUCUAUAGUUGUGAUUUGUUUAUAUUUGUGUGUUGUUUGUAUAUAUUUAAUAUCUAUUUAUAAGUGUAUGUUUUCUUAUCCAAUGUGUUCUUAUUACUACUUAUUGAUUAGCAUUUUUCUGACAAACGUAUUCUAUGGUUCAAUACUCUGUGAAUCUUUGUGCUAGCGAAUGCAAUGCCAUAUAAUACGACUUUCUAAUGCUCUAAAACCUUCAGUAUAUGUACAAGUCGCAAUUCUGUGGAAUACAAUUACUGCUUAUUGCGUGAUAAUGAAUGACUAGUCGAAACGUCACUCAGUAAUAAGCAGUAUAUUGUAUUCCCUAGAAUUGUCACCUGUAUAUUCCAGUUCAAUUACUUAUUGCCAAUCAAACAAGUCUUCAGUAUAUGGUUAAACUAUACCGCGAGUUCACUUUAGCGAAACCAUAGUAUAGUUAGUUUAUUAAAGGCCUAUCUGGUCUCCUGUUUCAAAAUCCACGAACCUGUGAACCAACGAAUGAUGCGUUUUAUAGUACUUCUUCAUAAUACCCAGUAUAGGAUAGUUCUUUUCGGAACCAACCGUCUGGUCUUUGGCUUAAAAUCAUGGAACCAGCAAAUUAAAUACUGUAUUGGACUGCUUCCUAAUACGUGAGUUUAAACAUCACUACAUCCAGGCCGCAUUGUAAAUCAUAUUUACGAUUUUUUAAAAUAUAGGAAUUUUGAUUUAAUAACGAUCGUGUCAUAAAUUGUUUUCAUAUUUACGAUUUUUAAAUAUGUGGGUAGCUAAAUCUGCCACAGUAUGUCCCAACUACGAACCCAGAGAAAAACAAUCUCUAUAUAUUUAACAUUUUUAAUUAAUGUUUUUUGAAAAUAUGUUUUGUAUAUAUUAAAUCUUGAGUAUAAAAUCAUGACACCAUUGUCCAGGCCACAGCGUUUGGAAAUUGAAAUUUACCCCUCUUUCACGCCAAACCGUUAUAUCUACUUUCGAUUUGUUUUGCUCAAUGUAAUUUUGAAAACAAAAAUGUAACAUUUACAUUAUCAAUACUUAAACAGGCAUUAUUCAAAAGCUAAAUCUGCCUAUUGCAGAUCUUUCUUUAGGCCUGAAAUGUUACUUGAAUUAAUUAGACAUUAAUUAAUUUAGUAGAUUUUUUUACGAUUUCUGGUAGAUGAAGUAACCGUAAAAGUGGAUAAUCGAGACUUUGUUUGUUAUCGUGACAAACAACGAUAGUAAUGACAAUCGGGGCUAGAUAUAAUUGUAUCGCCGAUAGCUUGGCUGCAAGUGAAGUAAUUUGACUGAAAUUUUCAGCAUAUUCUCUUUUCAUUAUCUAUUUGUUUAACUAUUAUAUCGAGAACUGUCAGAUCUUUAUCUAAUCUUCCAUAAUGCCUGUUUAAGUUAAGCCAAGUAGAUAACAAUUAAACGUGUUUGGGUCUAAUAUUUAAUUGUUUGCAAAAGAGAUUGACCUUCUUGCCAUUAAUGUUGACAACGACUCAUUCUUGCUUGCUCAAUUUAAUUUUUAAAAAGUUUAAAAAUUAGAUUAUGUAUUAAAUAUGUUUCGGUUGUUUUAAGUAUCGAAUACUUUGUUUUAAUCUAAUAAUGUAGACAAUGAUCCAUUCCUUCUUUAGAAUUAUUUCUAUUCGUGUUCUUUUAGAAAAAAUAAUGUAUGUUUUGUUAACGUUUUAGGAAAUAGAAUCUGGAAAUGCCAAUCCAAUACCUAAGAAAUCCACCAAUCUGAUUAAAACACAGAUCCUAUUUCGUUUCAUUUUUUAUAGUUCAAAAUUUCGUUUCACUUGUCUUCACAACACUAGGUAGAGGCCAUCGAAAGUAUUAAAAAAAAACGAAACGAAAUAUAGAUCUGUAUUUUAAUCAGAUUGGAAAUCCACAAGACGUCGCACUUUGUUUCUCUCGGACUAUUUCAUAUCCAUAAUACUCUUAUUAACCCUUUGGCAUUUAGACCGAAACUACUGCCGUUUCCUCUAGCGCCACGAACCGCCAGAGCUAUUUAAGGACCGAUUUUGUGACUUGGACGGUUUGAAACGAUCUAGGGAGAGUAUAGUUUUAAACGCCUUCGAAAAUAAGAUACAGAUAUUUUUUUGAAAAUCCUCAUUUUUCUCCAAUUCUUACAGGGAACUGGUGUAGUCACUAUUUACAGGUACCAGUUUCUAAAGGGUUAAUCACGACACCGCCAAAUUGGGUAGUCACUAUUUACAUGUACGAGUUUCUAAAGGGUUAAUCACGACACCGCUAAAUGGGGUAGUCAAUACUUACAUGUACCAUGUGCGAAAGGGUUAAUGAGAGCAAUUGGUCAAUAUCAUAUUGUGCUCAUAUUUUGUUUUUUUAUUUUAUCAAUUUGGCAUCAGCCAUGACUUCACCUUUUUUCAUUAAAAGGGAUAGUCAAUAUUUACAUGUACCGAGCGCUAAAGGGUUAAUAUCAUAUUUUGUUUUUUAUUUCAUCAAUUUGGCAUCCUCCAUGACUUUACUCCACUUUUUCUCUAUUGGUGCUUGUAUAUAUAUGAUGUAUAUAUAUGUAAAUAUUUUGUAUAUAGACCAUUAUGUAUAUAUAUGCUUCAAUUAUUUAUAUUAAUGUAUAGAUACACUGUGUAUAUAUACGGAUAUUGUAUCUAUUACUGAAUAAAAUAUUAAUCACAUUUUUA